UGUCUCAUUCAUACAUACACACAAAGAUGCACAAUGUUUAGGAAGUGUCAUCUUCACUUAUUAUAUUUACUUAAUUGUGUUUGUUGACAUUUGUUAAUGGUUAUACUCACAUCCUUUUUUCUAUACAUUUUAUCUUUAUGAAAAUAAGUGCCUUGUAGAAAACUGCAAGAAGUGCCUAGGCCUUCCACUUUAGUGAUGUGGCGAUUAUUGGUGCUAGUUUCACUUUUCUGCCUUUCCAAUGCUCAAGAGGAAUCGUCCUGGAGAUGUCCACAGUAUUGGAUCCAGUUUCAAUCCUCAUGUUAUAGGUUUAUCAAGUCUCCGUUGCAUACACGCAAUGACGCUAGAAGGAAUUGCCAGGCGUAUGAGUCGGAUCUUGUCAGUAUCAACUCUGUAGAAGAACACGGGUUUCUGCUGUACAACCUGUUGUGGCAAGACCCGCAGCAUCGUAGAUGGUACAUCAGCCCUCAUCAGCAGAGUCCAGGCUACUGGGUCAACGAGGAUGGAACGCCAUUGCCAGAUAUGGAGUCAGCCUUCCUACCCGAGCCAGCUGAUCAGUCGGGACCUUCUAAAGACUACAUGGUCUACAGCUUCUCAAACAACCUGAAGAAAUGGGGCCUGGAGAAAGUAACCGGGGAGGAACUUCUACUUUACAUCUGUGAAGCUCCUCUUACCAAGCUUCAUUACAUAGUAGCAGACGACAGAACAUACCAGUACGGCAUAGAUGUGCAGGACCCCCUCAAGAUACCCAUGGGUCCAUACUUCAUCAAUCAACCCAUUGAUGUUGUCUUUGACCUUUCCAAGAGGAAAAUCACCAACGAUGUUUCACUCAGCUGCCUUGCUGGAGGGUACCCAGCCCCUACCUAUGAAUGGUUUAAAGAAGAUUACCAAGGUGACGUGUUGAUACCUGUCAAGAUUGAUCCCUUGAAAGACACUCGGUUCACUAUCAGUGGAGGCACUCUCAUUAUUCAUGAUCCUAAAAAGGUUGAAGACAGAGGACUGUAUCAUUGCAAAGCCACAAACGACUAUGGAAGUAUAAUAUCAGAAAGUGUUAAACUCACGUUUGGUUUUAUUGGUGAAUUCAACUUGAAAAGAUCACCAGAAAGAGGAGACGAAAACUGGGGAAAAACGGUGUAUUGUGAUCCACCCCAAUACUUUCCAGGUGUAAAGUACUACUGGGCCAGGGACUAUUUUCCCAAUUUUGUAGAGGAAGAUAAGCGAGUUUUUGUAUCUUUUGAUGGAGCGCUAUACUUUUCUGCACUGGAGAAUAUUGACCGAGGAAACUACAGCUGUAACGUGCAGAGCAGAGUGUCUGACACGGGUCGUAACGGACCUUUCUUCCCCCUCUACGUCAAUCCCCAUUCCAAUCAUCAGCAAUUGAAAUUCCCAAAUAAUUUCCCGAAAGCUUUCCCUGAAGCCCCAGUUGCCGGGAAAGAAGUUCGACUCGAGUGUGUGGCGUUUGGAUAUCCGGUCCCGUCCUAUAAUUGGACUCGUAGAGGUGCCGCUUUGCCUCGCCAGGCGGUUCUAACAUCCUACAAUCGAGUCCUGCUGAUACCAAGUGUUCAAGUGGAAGACCAGGGCGAAUAUAUCUGCCGAGCUACAAAUGACCGAGCAAGCAUCGAGAAUGCUGUCGUCCUAUCCAUUCAAGCGGAACCUAACUUUACAAUACCUCUUACUGACAAACACGUGGACAACAAAGGAGAACUAACUUGGACUUGUGAGGCUUUUGGGAUCCCAGAUGUGACAUACGGCUGGCUACGAGAUGGUGAACUUCUGGAGGUGGAGAAACUUCCAACAGAGGAUCGUGAUCGUUAUGUAAUACAAGACAACGUACUUACUAUACGGUACUUGGAUCCUGAGCGAGACCAGGCUAUGUACCAGUGCCGAGCCAAAAAUGAUCUCAAAACUAGAUACUCUUCUGCACAGCUUCGGGUUUUGUCUCUCAAACCAUCAUUCAAAAAGCGGCCUUUGGAAACUGAAACUUAUGCAGCUGAAGGUGGUAAUGUGACGAUUAUUUGUAGCCCAGAAGCAGCUCCAAGGCCAAAAUUCACGUGGAAGAAGGACAAUUUAGUAAUCGAUGUUCAUUCCUGCACUUAA